AUGUCGCAUUCGCCCUCGCCCACAGCUCCUGCGCCUGCGAAGCAGCAAUCCGACUCGGAGCCUCCCUUCUAUUCCAACCCUACCUUGGACGUUCCGGCUGUUGGCGUGGACGGACGACCACCGCCAGUAAAGUACAUGUCAACGCCCGCAUAUCAGAGCCCGUUACGACACCACAAGCGCGCUGCCUCGAGCACCAGACGAGUCAAAGAAACCUUCAAUGCGCGCUCCGAGUACAGCAACAGCGAAGAUGACGGCAGCGCCCAACAUCGCAUCAACCAAUACCUGGUGAAGCAGGAGAUUGGUCGCGGCUCGUUUGGGGCAGUCCACCUCGCCGUAGACCAGUAUGGCCAAGAAUAUGCUGUCAAGGAGUUUUCAAAGUCUCGACUGCGAAAACGCGCGCAAUCCAACCUCCUCCGCCGACCGGGAGGCCAACGACGGCUGCGCGCCCUGCCUGCUGGCAUAGGCUUCAACUCCCCGCUGCAUCGACACUCGACCACCGAAGAGAACAACUCCUUUGAGCUGAUCAAGGAAGAAAUCGCCAUCAUGAAGAAGCUAAAUCACCCAAAUCUUGUGACAUUGAUCGAAGUGCUCGACGAUCCAGAAGAAGACUCGUUAUACAUGGUCAUGGAGAUGUGUAAAAAGGGCGUCGUGAUGCAGGUAGGCCUCGAGGAGCGCGCCGACCCGUACAGCGAAGAACAUUGCCGGUGUUGGUUUCGAGACAUGAUACUCGGCCUUGAGUACCUCCAUGCCCAGGGCAUCAUUCAUCGAGACAUCAAACCCGACAACUGCCUUAUCAAUGAAGAGGACGUGCUGAAGAUUGUCGAUUUUGGCGUAUCAGAAAUGUUCGACAAGGAAGGCGAGAUGAAGACCGCCAAAUCCGCCGGCUCACCAGCCUUCAUGCCACCGGAACUAUGUGUAGCGAAACAUGGUCAUGUCUCGGGCCGAGCUGCGGAUAUAUGGUCCAUGGGAUGCACGCUAUAUUGCCUCCUCUUCGGGAGGAUACCGUUCGAGCAGCAUGGCAUGAUCGAAUUGUAUGAGUCAAUACGAAACGACCCAAUAGAGUUUGAGAGCGAGUGUAACCCUGAGCUCAAAGAGUUGCUGUGCAGGCUCCUGGAAAAGGAUCCAAUGAAGCGAAUUACCAUGGAGGAGAUACGAGAACAUCCGUGGGUCACGAAACAGGGAAAAGACCCUUUACUACCAAAGUCGGAAAAUGUUGCCAUCAUAAUAGAGCCGCCGACGGAUGAAGAAGUCAAUGCUGCCAUUACCGGGAACAUGGGCCAUCUCGUAACAGUGGUACGAGCAGUCAAACGCUUCAAGCAACUCCUCUUCAGACGACGACCGGAGCGUAUAGAAAGCAUACUCGGUGGUGCAUCACGUAUCGUCCAGCCUCCAAUGUCUAUGCGACCAUCUGUGCUGCGGAAGUCAAAAUCCCAAGACACGCACGAUCGGCGACCUGUCGAGGGCGCACUUACUACAGAGGGUGUACACCACGAGAUCCAGAUUGACGACAAGAAUCGCAAGGUUCAGUACAACGACGUGACAUAUACUAAACCGGGAUUUAAAGCGGAACCAUUCGGAAGCCGACCUUCACCAAAGGUUGUAGCAACCAGUAGCCCUGAUACUCGACAGUCGCCAGGCUUCGACGGCGGUAAAGUCGUACACGAUAACAUGUCGCACCGCCCAUCACCAACACACGUCGCCAUGCCCGGCUCAUUCCCUAUAUCAGCACCAACAACACCCAUCGGAAAAGGGCACGCCCACAACCCACUAGAAGAUACUCUCUAUCUCAGCAUUGGCACCGGCGAAGACUGUUCCAUCGACCCCGACGAAGCAUACAUCGUCUCCGAAUCCCCCUCAAACGUCGACAUGAAUGUCUACGAAACCGCCUACGAAGAAGAAGUCCAGCGCAUCAUUGCGCAACGCAAAGACCAAUACAGCACUACCCGCCGCCCAACGCUUUACCUCACUCGCCGCGUUGAAUACGUCAAAUCCAUCCGCGAGAACGACUGCAUAUUCGAUGAAGGCCAAGACUUUCGUCGCGACCUCAAGGGCAGCUUUAAGAGCUUCGUCACAAAGACAAAAGAAGACAUCGAGGCAAGAGGCGAGCUGCAGAAGUUGCAGGAGGGGAAGGAAGGGAAACUGAGUAGAACGAUGCGUAAUGUUAGGGGGGCCAAGAGAUUGGUCGAAGAGGCGAGGGAGAGGGUCAAGGUUGAGGAGAGGGAAAGGGAGCGCGAGAGGAGUAGGAGCGCAACGCCGAUCAGAAAAGAUAGCUCAGGAGCAGGUAGUGCGCCUAGUCGGAGCGGGACGCCAGUGGGAAGUUGA